GUGAUCAUUUUGAACCAUCCUGGACAGAUCAGCGCUGGCUAUUCGCCUGUCAUUGACUGCCACACUGCCCACAUCGCUUGCAAAUUUGCCGAGCUUAAGGAGAAGAUCGACCGACGUUCUGGCAAGAAGCUGGAAGACAAUCCCAAAUCUUUGAAAUCUGGAGACGCCGCGAUCGUGGAGAUGAUCCCUGGGAAGCCGAUGUGUGUGGAGAGCUUCUCCCAGUACCCACCCUUAGGGCGCUUUGCCGUACGCGACAUGCGGCAGACGGUGGCGGUGGGCGUGAUCAAGAACGUGGAGAAGAAGAGCGGCGGGGCUGGCAAGGUCACCAAGUCCGCACAGAAAGCUCAGAAGGCUGGCAAAUGAAUCGUGGGUGCCCCGUGCCUCGCCCAGCACCCAUCACCCCGACCUGGAUGCCGUCACCUUCCCCCUGAGGCGCAUGUCUACACAUCCGCUUGUAAAAGUUUGUACGUGAACGACUGGAUGCUCACUAUUAAGGUCCAGUGGAAGUUCUUUAAAAGGAAAAGCAUGUCCCAGCGUUCGUGAGCCUCCGUGUUCAAUUUUACCAAUAAAACUGGUACAACAUCCCAC